GGAGCUCAACGGGUAGGUCGACGAGGGAGGGAGGCAUGAGGGAAUAGUAGCAAAUACAUUGGAAUAGUAAGUUUACUUUAUAUCGGCUAGAUGCAGGGACGACGUGAUGGCAGGGAAGAGAUUCUGUUGUUGCACUUCCUUUCUGUUCUUAGUAACAAAGGGUUAGUUGAGAGUUACGUAACUGAUCGAAAUGUGAAGGUUGACCUUGUGCCUCCAAGUGGCUUCGUGUUCUUUGCGCCUGUGAUGCGAGCAUUGCUCCGGGCACUGCCUCAGGCGGUUCCACGGUGUCCUUUACUUUUAUCUGCCUCUUCACAUGUUCCUUUCUCUUGCCGAGCCUAUUCUCAGCCACACCACCCGUUCCAUCGGCACUUUCUCGCCCAUUGCGCGCCAUUUCCAGUUCGAACUCACCGCUGCGGCACCUUGUCCGCGUCAGAUGUUGGAUCUCGGGUCGUUUUGUCUGGCUGGCUCCUGAAUAAACGGAAGGGUCGUAUCUCUUCCUUUUUUCCGCUCAAAGACCCCUCCGGCACAGUCCAGCUCAUCGUCGACAAUACCGACGCGUUUUCAGACGCUCUAUCUCAGGUUCCUGUCGAGUCUGUCAUUUUAGUUCAAGGCUCGGUCCUUUUAAGGCCUUCAGAGGCCCGUCGGGAUGGCCCCGGAGGUGACAUCGACAUCAAAGUUCACAGUUUUGUCCUCUUAAACCCCGCGACCCAACUACCAUUUGUUCCGUCAGGUCACAAUCUACCAAACGAAGAAUAUCGUCUGCGCUAUCGGUAUCUUGACCUCCGGCGUCCCUUUCUUUCCGACAACUUGAAGAGGCGGGCAAAUGUGGCGCACCUCGUUAGAAAUAUAUUACACGAAAAUGGUUUUCUCGAUGUGGAAACUCCUCUGCUCUUACGUUCGUCCCCUGAAGGCGCAAAGGAGUAUCUCGUUCCAACACAGGUUAGCAAUGAUUCGGACCCACCUAAUUUUUUCGCUCUCGCCCAGUCACCGCAGCAGCCUAAACAAUUGUUGAUCUGUUCGGGGGCGGUAGAUCGUUAUUACCAGAUUGCCAAAUGCUUCCGUGACGAGGACGGCCGGAAGGAUAGGCAGCCGGAAUUUACUCAGAUUGAUAUGGAGAUGGCAUUUGUGUCAUGGGGAUCUCAGGGAGAUGCUACUGAGUCCCCGAGUUCUGAUGCCUGGCGAAUGGGAGGCACUCAAGUCCGGGAUGUCAUCGAGACUAUUAUAAAGAAAAUUUGGCAGCAGUUCAAAGGCGUAACCUUACCUAACAAGUUCAAGGUCAUGACUUACUUUGACGCGAUGAGACGUUUUGGGUCUGAUAAACCGGACACACGCUUCGGUUUAGAAACUUCCGAUAUCACUCAAGCUUUACCUUCUCGGAUCCAAAGUGUGUUAAGGGAGAACGAUGAAAUCGUCGAAUGCAUCGUCUUGCGGCACCGCGAGGAGCCUUCAUUCUUGUCAGUGUCCCCGAAGUGUAAAGUCGAACCUUUCGCGGAGUUCGUCCCGAUGACCACGAAGACCAUCCAAACAUGGCUGAAUCGUAGUCGAGUUGUACCCCAGAUCUCAGAGGCAGUGAACGCGUCUGAAGUCGCCGCACUCUGCGAGAAGCUCGGGAUAUCACCUGGCGACGGACUCUGGCUAGCUCGAAGAUCAAGGAUCGCCACUGGUGGAUCCACUGUUCUAGGAAGACAGAGGCUUCAUUUACUCGAGACAGCCGUUGACCAAGGGAAAUUCGUCCUACCCGAUUCAUCAAACUUCCUCUGGAUAACAGAGUUCCCGCUAUUCAUGCCAGAACUAGAACUUGAUAGGAAAUGGUCAAGUACACAUCAUCCAUUUACUGCCCCAAUGUGGCAGGAUGUAGAAGCUUUGUUUAGAGGCGAGAUUGAAAGUGUCCGGGGUCAGCACUACGAUCUGGUCCUCAACGGCGUUGAAGUCGGAGGGGGUUCCGUGCGUGUGCAUGAUGCAGAUAUGCAGGAAUACAUCUUUACGGACAUCCUCAAGUUUUCGGCGGAAGAGAGGGAGCCUUUCAAUCAUCUUCUUCAGGCCCUUCGAUGUGGUGCUCCACCUCACGGCGGUAUUGCCCUAGGUUUUGAUCGCCUAAUGGCCAUACUCUGCAAUUCAUCAUCCAUUCGCGACGUGAUCGCCUUCCCAAAGACUAGUUCCGGCACCGAUAUGCUUUUCGAAAGUCCUGCGCCCGUACCAGACUCCACGUUACGACAAUAUGGGCUUGGGCGUUACCGGCAGGUUUCAGAAACACAAAGCGCAGUGGAGUGAAGGCAAGUCGCAUAUAUCCAAAAAGAAAACAGUCUAGGGAGCCUAUUACAUACUAAAAAGCAACCAUAUGU